CUGGAAACUCUGCACAUGUUUCACCCAUAGAUUUUCUAACGCUUUCGUCCGGUGCUGUGUGUUGUCUGUCGAGGCCUGGUUCCCGCGUGUGCCGCUGGCUUCCUAAGACACUUGAGGGAUCGUUUUUUGAAGAAUAUCACGACUUUUCCGUGUAAUUGUCCUUUCAACACUUAUCUCAGGGUAUCCGGUCUCAAUGCUCAGCAGGGACUGAACUCUUCGCUGCCCAAACUUUCUGCCCGCAGUUUUCACGUGACGUCUACCACGGGUUGUCGAAGGAACGCUGCUGCUGCUGCUGCUGCUGCGACGGCUUUGGUCAAGUUGCCUUGACACGAAAAAGUCCAAACGACCUCUGCAAGUCCAGUGCUUAAAAGAAUUAACGGCUUUGUGGAUGCUCCUUAGAGCGUGUGGAAGAGAAAAUGGCAUCUUCAAUGCCUGGACUUCCUGAAAAAACGACCUCGCGAGCGGUGCCGCCGGGAGGUGGUGUUGAACAUUCAGUGGUUGAGAAGCUGAGGCGUUCGUGAAGGUUGUCUGCGGUCCAUCUGCCGCGUCUAGAAGUCUUUGUCUCCUUCGGUCUGGACCUAUAAGAAAGCGCUCCUCUUUCACGCUUUCGGGCUUUCUCAGUUUCAUUACAGACGUGUGUCUUUAUACACGGGCAAAGUCAUCGCGAAUCGGCUGUGUCCGUACCCGUCCAGUCUUCCUCAAUUCCGACGGCGUCGUAGUCGACUCGUUCGUGACUCGUCGCUGGACUGAUCGUCUCUUCUCUCGGUUGUCUAAAAAUCUGUCCUCUACAAGGAUCCAUUUUGUCCAUCUAGGCUUUCAAGGUGGUCCUGUGUUAUGUUAGACGCAAACUUCCCGGGUAAACCUUAUUUUUCAGCAGAUCGGACUCUGGAUAUUUCAAGCUCGCUGAUGCUUCUUUUUGGAGGCAUUUCCUCUCCCUUUUGUCUCCACAGGAUUGCGUCGUGUUUCUCUGCUUUCUUCGGUUGAAUCUGCACGCGUCUCUGCCAUCUGCCUGUCAGAGAAAGGCGCUCACAUCCAACAGCUGAGAACCGCACUCCAUUGAUUUCUUCAACCACUAGAACAAGUUGCUUCUGUUCUCCAACACACACACACGUUCACAUGUUUAUUUAUGUAUAUAUACAUUUAUCUCUGUAAAUGUGUAUGGAACCUGCCUUCUUUGGUGUGUGCCGCCUUUCGUCAAUUUAUGUUUGAGAGCAAAGCAGGGGGCAUCAUCGGGAGAUUUACCUGAGGGGUUGAGCACAGCGAAGCCGCGCCAACAGAAAAUGAAGGCAAGGUGUUUUGCGACAGAAACCACGCUUUUAUCUGGCUUCAUUCCUUCUGAAGACCGCAACGAGCUUCCCGGGGUCAUCUGUUAACCUAAGUAUACAUAUAUGCGUGUAUAUGCAUGUACAUCCAUAUAUGUAUACAUACAUGUGCGUGUGUCAGAGCUCACAUGUUCUUCGUCUUGGGUGUCUUCCUAGGUUUUAGUUGUUCUUUCACCUGUUUGACAACCGGUUUGACGGCGUGAAAGGCUGCCAUUUCGACUCUGUGACUCCUUUCUGUCGAUCGCGCUGCCUGUUUUCUUCUCUCCGCUCUCCUCUCGUUUUCCUCUAGAUGCGAUGGCGCCUCUGCGCUCACUGCGCGUCUUUGCGUCGCCGUGUGUGUCCCUCUUGUCCCUGGGGUGUGGCUGCCUCGGCGUCUACGAAGGGUGGAACUUGCGCGCGAGAAGAAAGCAGUUAGAGGUGGCUUUGAGAGACAGUUCCACUGUGGCGAGGUUCGCCGCCGAAACUGCGGAACAGUACGCAGGGGUUCGCUACUGCCUUCCCACUGCUGAGAGAGGUCUCGCCGAAUUCCAUCUCUCCCUGCUGUCUCCGGGUCUCCUCGCUUCUCUCGAAGCUGCCGUCGCCGCCGCAGGCUCCGACUUAUGCGCCGAAGAAAACCUCGACAAACCGCAGAUCGCCGCUGCCCUCGCGGCCACGGAAGUGCUCUCCCGCCAGCUCAAGCCCAGACGCAGAGACGCGGCUUCUCCUGUCGAAAGAAAAACCCAGGGAACGGUUCCUGGCGGCGACUCACAGACCCAAGAUACUUGUGGAGUGAAAUUUGGAGACAGACGCGGAGUAGGCGAGAGUCAAGGGAAAGGCACCGAGAAGUACCCGUCGGCCUGUCGACUUUCGCAAGACCAUCUGAAUCACCCUGGGAUUUGCCUAGGGCGAAUCACGAGCGUGCGUUGUGUGUCGAAGCCUCUGAAGCUUUCGUGGGCGGAGGGCGUGCGAGCUCCAGGGCGUUUCCUCGAGGUCGUCUACCAGUUCUUUGUGCCGGUUUCCGACGAAUGCGAGACCAGCAUCCAGGAAAAGUUGAAACAGGUUCUCGAGCUGGAGAAAGCAGUCCAAGCCGCGAACGGAGACACCCCACACGCGGGUGAGGAGACCGAGUGCGGGGCGAUUGUCCUCGGACGCCGGGCGGAACCGCGCAUCCUCGAUGCACGCCUUCAAGAGGUGAUUCGGGGGGCGUGGGAGUCAGGGCUGUUGUCUCUGAAGAGCGACGGGCAAAGUACGAAGGCGAAAUCCUUUUCUCUGCUUUCCUGGAUUCUUUCUCUUGGUCGCCGAGAGCGCAAGUCUCAAACUCCAGAACGCCCGCAGCACCUCAGUUGCUUGAGUCUCGCUGCCUCUCCUGCCUCGGCGCCGCGCGUCGCCGUGAUGGAAGGGAGACUCGAAAUGCGAUUUCCGCGACAGACGAAACGCAGCGACCAGCUGGCGGCUCAGAUCACGCGACUGGUUGACUCUGGAGAGACAGCGGCUGUUCAGAGUGACGAGGCUGUGGCUGGCGCAGACCCGGAGAAACGACAAGGCAGCGAGCCUGUCUCCCUGACGCUGACCCCUCCCUCUGCGACCCACCCGUCUCGUGGACAACUGGAGAAACAUGCGCCCGACGCGUCGAUGUCGCGCGUCGCAUGCAGUGGCGCAGCUGCUGAGGAGCAGCCUGGUGGGGAGGCAGGGGUUGGCUUCGCUGGAAAAGCGUUCGAGGCAGAGGCGCGAGAGGAGAGACGCGGAUCCUUGAGGCGCGCCUGUGGGGAAGGAGACGCCAGAGGAGACAGGCCGGAGGUUUCCGAGGGAGAGGAGACAACGAGAGAGGCGACGGCCGAGGAAAAGGCGUCGCCGCUGCUUUCUGCGAGACCAGGAUGGAAAGCCUUGGAACCGGGACAACUAAUAACGAUUGCCUACGAUCCCGAGAAUCCGGAGAACCAUACCCCCUGGAUCGCCGUGCGUUUUGGGGAGGCAACGAAGAACACGAGGGAUGCGACACAAGGCAAAUUGAUCGUUUUCGACGCCGAGAGACAGGGACUUGAACGCGCGAGGGCUGUCGCAGCUGCAGGCGCGGGGCUUCUCCUCCUCGGCGGACUGAAACUGUACGUCUCCGUCGUUCUGCGGAGACGCCUCAGACUUAUUCCUGGAAUCUAAGGAUCCGGAGAAGGACGGGAGGACGCACACAGUGGGAGCGGAGACAAGACACCAUCGUCGAGUGAGGGGAACCGAAAGACAAGCUGUAGACUGGCUUUGGGGAGCUGGGAGCGCGGGGAGAGUGACCGGCCGGCUAUCCCAGCAUCAACGUAUAAGGGCAGACUUGGAAAAGUCAACGGAUGUUUCUCAAGUAAACUGCUAUCAACGGUAUUCCACGCGGGUCAAAAGCGAGAGAGAACGAAGAGACAAAGCUCACAAAAGGAGCUGGGUACACGAGGAAUCAAACUGAGAAAUGCGAAAGAAAAGCGGAGAAACGCACUUCGACAUUACAGACAGAGAGCUCCAGUGAAAUGGGCACGGCUAGGGAAAUACUCCAGAAGAACGAAAAAUGCUUAGUGUUGUGUUUUGCGUUCUUCUGGAACACCCUCUUAGCAUAUCACAUCACAUGGGGCAUGCGAACCCUUGCAUAAUAUUCUGCAUACUUUUAUAUAUAUAUAUUCGGCUUUUCAUAUAUACAAAUGUAUAAAUACAGAACCAAAUACAAACGUAUAUAUCUAUGUUUAUUUAUAUCUUUAUAUAUAUAUAUAUAUAUAUAUAUAUAAAUUUGGUAUUCCGCUGAGCGGCUGUUGCGGUGUGGGUCCCACGGGGUGUGCUUAGGGCCAUGUACGACCUUGUUUUUUCUGUGUGUGUUGUAUUCGAACGUGUGACUUGGAAUCGUAUCUCAGUGUGGCGUUCGAACCUGGAGGUCUUGCUGUUGACUUGGUACGUGCGAAGCCGGACAAAUAACGUUGCGAUCCAGAGCUGCAUAAGUCACAUCGAAUCAA